AUGUCAAUCUGGACUGGCUUGAGAAACCUCAAGAUCGUCUCAUCCAUUGAUGUCCCCACUCUGCAGGGGUUCUCGCUGCUAGAAGACAAUGAAGCCCCAUGGAUAGACCUGGUCCAACAUGAGGAUUUGGGUUUGACUGGGUUCCGCCAGUGUAUCCUCCACACAGGUCUGCUCCACAUUGCGCAAACUCUUGGCGAUGGUUUCAUAUGGAUUUUGAAGGACUCCCUGCCGACGGACGCAGUAUUCAAGCCACCAUCGGGGAAUCUGUGA